UUGUGGAGGAAACUUUUCUUCCAGACAGAGAGAGAGAGCGACUCCUCCUCUCCACGCGUCCGACCUGAGUCCACAUCACCCGGGCACUUUCCCCACAAACAACCGCCUUCUUUCUUCCGGUUACCGGCAGUCUUCUGCAGCUACAGUGUUUUUUAUUUAUUUAGUAUUUAUCUGUGAGCACUCAGAGGGAUUACCCGCGGAGGAUGUGAUGGAGCGGUCCCGGUGAAGUUGAAGGCUGAAGGGAAGAAAAAAAAAACCCUCCGGUUCUCCCACCCCGCUCAUCCUGCUGCUGCUCCCCCGCCUCAGAGGCCAUGGGCUGCGGCUUGAGGAAGCUGGAAGACCCGGAGGACAGCAGCCCCGGGAAGAUCUACUCCACCCUGAAGAGACCUCAAGUGGAGACAAAAACUGAGACUGUGUACGAGUACGUGCUGCUGGACUUCAGCCUGGAAGGUAGCCGCCCCACGGUGCAGUAUGUGUCCUCCCUCUCCGAGCUGCCCCAGGCUCUGCAGCCGUACUACACUCAGGGCUACGUCCUCACCGCCCUGCAUCCCAUCAUCCUGUCUGUGGGCCGGAGUCGAUCGCUGCCCUUCAGCCUGCUGUACCGCGCCAUCAUGGCCCGACCCAGAUCCAGUAAGCAGAUGGCGUCCAUGUGUUACAGCGUGCCGAUGCUGAAGGUGGAGGAGUGGCCGCUACCUGGAGAUUCACUGACGGGCGACACGGUCCGAGCGCUCAUCGACAGGGUGAACAGCAGCGCUCGUGGGGGCGUUCGAUUCGUCGGCUCGGUCCUCCAGCAGGUGAGCGGGAUCACUAACGGUCGAGUUCACAGUCCGAAGAGGGGCUGCCGCUCCCCCCCACGCUCCCCUCCCCGAACUCCACCCGGAGACGCAGAGCUGGAGGAGCACACCUACAGUCCUGGUGAGGCUCUCCCUGCAAACCUGAGGCUGCUGGUGUUCUUCCACUGCUGGGCUCCGGGCUGCGCUCCUCUCGACUCACUGGCCUGUCAGUACCACCAGGGGGCGCUCUCUAUGCGCGUCUCCAGGAAGGGUCAGGUGGUCAGCUCCCUGGAAGCUGAUUGGCUGGAGCUCACCGCCGCUUACUACCGCAAAGGCUGGUCGCUGGUGGACUCCUUCGUGUACUGGGACACGCCCAAAGGCGAGCCGGUGCCCAGAUCUCUGGAGGGUUUGUUUGUGUACGAAGAAAGGAGCACCUCUCCUCCCGCCAACGACACCAUCGUCGUGGAGCAGUGGACCGUCAUCGAGGGCUCUAAUGUGAAGACAGACUACGGACCCCUGCUUCACACUCUGGCUGAGUUUGGUUGGCUGCUCACCUGUGUGCUGCCCACCCCCAUCAUCCGUCACGACAGUGAUGGGAAUCUGGCCACGAAGCAGGUUGUGUUCCUGCAGCGUCCGGUCAGAGGUCAGGCAGCGGGGCAACAGAGGAUCCCGACUCUCUCGGUGCACAGCGAGGUUUCGAACCGCUCCGUGAGUCGAUCGGUCAGCAGCCCUCUCCCCCCUCCUGAGGACCCGUCUCCCACCGCUGGGGGCAUCGGGGGCUUCCCUGUGUUCGGUGGGGGAUAUCCCAGCGCCCUGUCCCACCUGGAAGAGGGGGGCUUUGAGCAGGAGGAGGGGACGGCCGAGGUCACCUGCAUGUGAGGCUGAGGACUGUGGGAUUACUGAAGGAAAAUCCACAGACGUUUUUUAUUUUAAGAGACUUUAACGGAGAGGAACUCUGCACUUUCAUAAAUGUUUUCAUGAAGCCAUAAUGAGAAUGAUUCAGAUUUAUGUCCAGACUAUAAGAUAUGUUAAGGGGAGAAACACCUCCAUGGGAGACACUUUAUGCAUUCUUAAAUCUUUGUUUUUUUAAAGGAGAUUUCCAACCUCUGAUGAGUUCAAGAGCACAUGGGAUUUUCACAAUAAAGCACAGAUUUCUGCACAUUUUUGGAAACACUGGUGGUGAAAUGAGGGAAAAAUGGCUCCACUUCUUUAUGUUUUUUUAACCAACUCACAUCAUCUUAAAAGUUGAAUGAAUUCACAUUAAACACAUUUACUUUUUACACCUUCACAUUAGCUUCUGGUUUUUCAAAAUAAAAGCUCCUCUCCUUAUAAAAGGAUGGAUGGUGUGAAGGUUAACAGGUCACUUUUAUCCUGUGUACUUUGGUACUGACAGUAAUACUUUUGAACACAGUAUUUCUCUGAGGACACUUUGAAGUACUUUGGUGCUAUGAGGAACUUUUCAGAAACAUUUCAUAUCAGGGUUUUUAACAUCCCUCCUGAUUUCAUAAUCAUUCUGGAAAUGGUUGUCUCAUCAUGCAUGCAUUUUAAAGUAUUAUUUAGUAUCUCAUGCUCGAUUUGCAUUGUUGUCUUUAGAUCAAAGUGCUGUUUUGCAGCUUUUAUGGUACUGGCAAUACUCCUGCUACCUUCUUAUAUUCAAACAAUGAAAACUGAAGUAUUUUUAAAGGAGAACUUCAUCCAUUUUAUGCAUUAUGAAGUCUGUUUGUAGUUCUAUUCAAAGCACUAUUACUAUGAGGAAGGGUGACGAUGGUGCAAAUACUCGUCUCAGAAUAAACCCCCUAUUGUUUCCGUUGCAUUGUGGGUAAUGUAGGCAACAGGUCAAGACGAGUGUGGAGGAACCAUUUCAUGGAUUUUAUACUUUUUUUAUGAAACAGUAGGUUAACAGUGUUAUGGAGGGAAAAGUGGAUUCCUUUUAGAGCUAAAAGGGAUUUUUUUAAGAGGACAAUAUAAUUGUAUAUAUAUUUAGCUGUGAAGUGUUUCAGAUAAUUGUGAUGCAUGUUAUUUUGCUUUUUCGGGGAUAAGAAAGAAGAUUAAAUGCAACUAAACUCUAGUUGAGGUAUAUCAGUGAUGUACAUACCGCUCAUCUAUACAUGUUUAAAUGUAUUAAGCUCCUCCAAUUACCUGUCAGCAUUUACUAAAUGUCAGUAUUAACUUUCCAGCCUUUCCUUUUGAGUUGUACAUUUUGGUUCCAGUUUCUAAUUGUAUUCAACAUUUAUUUCCCAUGGUUUGAAAGUUGUUGCAUUAAUAGCAUCUCAUACAUUGUUCAUUAUGACUUAUUCCUGUCCUAAUUAGAUAAGUGUUAUGUCUCACAGGACAGCUCAAAGCUUUCACCCUAAAAAUGUAAAUAAAUCCUUCAACGGAAUCUUCAA